AUGAAGGUUUUCGCCCCGACCUAUUACUCAAGAAGAUGGGCCAACAAGCGGGCCACACACCUCUACGCCGACUUCGACCACAUAGCCAUCCCUCCGCCUCUUCUCCCGACCCCAACCGCCACAACCUCACCUUCAUCACAGUCCUCUUCGUCAAUCGAAACCGCUCCGUCCGCUCCACCAGCCGAGGAAUUCCAGGCUGUCGCCCAGGAGACAACAACCACAGACUUGGCGUCGGCCUGCCCCCUGGACACCCGCAAGCCCAGUCUUCCGCCGGGCACCUUCAUCGGCGAGAACUUGGCCCUUCGCCACCGCGAGGGCUACCAGUUCUCCCUCAAUCGAGUGCAACGGUACCUGUCGCACAUCUUUUCGUCCCACCUCUACGGAGAGCCGUGUAUCGUGAUUGCCGGGACCGACGAGGCGCGCCUCUUCUACGACAGCGACCACAUCACCAGAGCCGACGCAUUCCCGCGCUACUUGCGUAAGGCGAUGCAAGGAACGGCCACGGUGAUGUCCAUGGACGGCCCCGAGCACCUCCAGCGCAAGGCCGCCAUCAUGUCCUGCUUCACCGAUCAGCGCCUGGACGGCUUCGUGCGCCUAUGGGGUCGCCUGCUCGACGCCUACGUCAACAGGUGGGCCGCGCUGGAGCACUUCAGCUUCGCCCCGCAGCUGAUCCGCCUCCACGCUGAGUUCGCGCUGGCCUCCGUGCUCGGCGCAGUCGACGUCGCGCCGCGCCAGCUUGCCAAGCUCAGCCGCCGCAUGGUCCGGGCCGUCAAGAGCUCCGAGGGCAUGCCGCUCAACGUGCCCGGCAUGGGCUUGUGGCGGUCCAACAAGGCCAGGCGCGGCCUGGAGCGUUGCGCGCUCGAGCAGGUCCGCCGGGAGCGACAAACACACGGCGGCAGCAGCAGCAACGCAGGGCUGGGCGAUGACGAAAAGAAGAAGGCUGUGGCCGAACCAGCCGAGGUGGACGUGGCCGAGCUGGCGGUGGUGCGAACGAUGGCGCACGUGAAGGACCCGGAAACAGGCGAGCUGCUUCCAGAAGAGGUGGUGGCCUCCGAGCUGACCAACAUGCUCAUCCACACAAUGGGCAAUGCCUUCGUCGGCGUGUGGCUGAUCCACGCAUUCCACGAGAACCCGCACGUUUACAACAGCCUCCAGGCCGAGGUCGAGUUCGUGCACAGGUCGCACUCGGAGCCGAACUACUACGGGCGCAAGAGCUUCCUCGAGCGGCUCGACUACACAGAGUGCGUGGUGCGCGAGGUGAAGCGGUACUAUCCGAUGGUGCCCUUCAUCCCGGCCAGGGUCAAGAAAUCGUUCGCCUACUCCGGCCAUCUGUUCCCGAAGGGCUGGCUCGUGCUCCUGGGCAUUCCUGCGAUUCAUCUCGACGGCCGCGUCUACCGCGACCCAAGCUCCUUCUGUCCUGCAAGAUUCGAGGCAGAGGAGCACAAGGCUGUCGACGAACGCUACACAUCCGUACUUCAUGGUGGCGGCGACGAUGCGAAAACUAGCCAUCGCUGCCCGGGCGAGCAGCUGUCGACGCUGCUUCUCAAGUCCUUGGCUGCGCGUCUGGCCAAGGACUGCACCUGGCACUGGACCACGCCCCAGAUCCUCUCCUAUUCGCUCCUCAACACCCCGCCGACCCCGCUGGAUGGCAUGCUGGUCGACAGCUUCACCAAGACCGAGGCCACAGGACCCGACAUAGGUGUCGACCUGGCGCAGCCGCCGAUGGUGGUGGUGGCCGGUGCCGAUGUGGGCGCGCCGCCGUCCAGCGCUGUGGGCCAGAACGAGAGCACCGCCGGCCACAAGGCCACGACGGACGACCUGAACGGCAUCAACAACAGCAACAGCGAGGGCGGGCUGCCGACGACGGAGGUGGGCGACACCGAGGGGCCGGACUCGGCCGCCGCGAUGAAGAGGAGGCUGCGGCGCGCGCAGACAGACGGCGGCCUCCUCGCACCACCCGGCGCCGCGUGCCCCUUUGGCUACGGCCUCGCCGCACCCUCUACCCCGCUCAACCAAUAA